UGAUAUUUAGGACCAUAUUAUGAAUAUUGUAUGUACCUUUUUGUUGUUUAGAAAACUUUAUUCUUACAAGAUUAAUGCGUGAUCUAAAAUGCAAGUUUUAUUGUGACGUCACAUUCAUCAAGUUCGUUUGCUAAUGAAGAGCCUUGAUAUUAACUAGGCACUGACUGGUUUGUCUAUCUCCCUUAUCAAUGUGGACUCGUGACGUUAUCAUUGAAAGGCAUAUGGAACAAGGUCGACAACAAACGUCAAAGCUGUCGUGAAACCCGACGAAAUACAAAUGCCCUUUUGCAUGGUUGUGUUUUUGAUGUGUCAUCGUCUAUUUCAUUUCAGAAUUAAUACUGAAAACUACGUUAAAUUUUAUUUAAAUUCAUCUAUUAAUUUUUUUUUGGGCGAACUGUUUUUUUUUUACCGAUUUUAAAGAGAAAAAAUAUUUUAUAUUGUAACCUACUUUGUCAAAGGAGGUUACAUUUCCAUUCGGUCGGUUUAUACAGCGCUUUAUCCACCGCGAUAGUCAGCGCCAUUUUGUUCUGUACAUCGCUGGGCGCUGAAUGAUGCAAGAUACAAGUUUGUUUGCGCCAAAACGACGAGUAUUUAAAUAACAAAAUCGGAAUUACUAUAAUACCAAGGACAUAGAAGAAGGAUAUGAGUGCUGAACCUGUUGAGUAUUUGGAGACAGAAGAAGUAUAUAUGCAAAUAAACCCUGGAGAAAUUAUGGAAACUGAGGGAGCUGGGGAAGAGGCAGAUGACCACUGGGAACAUAGCAGUAUUAAAACACUCCUUAGUUUAUACCUCCAAAAUGUUGAUAAGUUCCGGAACCCCAAAGUAAAAAAGAAAAAUGUUUGGGUUGAUAUUUCUAAUGUUGUUGGCAAAGGUCCUGAUAGCUGCGAUAAGAAAUAUCGGAACUUAAAACAGACAUAUGUUAGACUACUUAAAAAGAAAAAGCAAAAUGAAGUUGUUGUAGUAAAAUGGCCUUAUUUUGAGGUAUUUGAGCAGAUUUACAAUAUCAACGGUGAAUACCAGCCAGAGAUACAGCAGAGAAUACAAGAUGGAAGUGCAGAGAGUGCAGCCCAAGCUUUAUUGUCUAUAUCUGAACAAUACCCUUCUACAUAUGAACCUGACCAAAUACAAGAUUUUGGAGAACCAUCAAAUGGGCAAAGUGAAGAAACUAAAAGAAAAUUAAACAGAAAGCGAACAACAGACUUUAGAAAAAUUACAUUAGAAAUGCGAAAUAGGCAAAGAACAGUUGAGGAGAAGCUAGAUAGACUAAUAAAUAUUGUUCAAGAAUCAAAUAGUAUACAGAGGGAAAGGAAUAGACUGUUUCAGCAGUUUUUAGAUAGUUUGAAUCAAAAUACUUGAAGGGUUGGUCUGCGACAGUCAGUUCUAUGUCCACUUGAUGAUGACACACCACACUGGUCAACAGAAGUUUCUGGAAUCAUUCUAUGAAAUUUUCCAAUUUCUUUUAAUUAACCCAAAAAUCAACUGUAUCAGAUUCAUUCAGAUGUAAAUAUGAAACCCUGAAGCCAUACUACUUAAAAAUUGUUAUCUAAUUUAUAUUAUAUUAAGGGAUAUUUUUGUGUCUGUAAAAGCAAGAUUAUAGAAAUUUCUCAAAAUCAACCAUCUGUAAACAAAUGAAUUUGAUUUAUAUUUUUCUAUUUAUAGCUUACAAUCGGCAUU